GCUUUACUGAAAGAAUUUCAGUUAUAAUUAAAACAGAAAAAUCACUGAACAAUACUGCCAACUUUGUCCAGCUUAGAAAAACGCCAUUGAGCCGUUUGAGAGCCGACUCUUAAGGGUAAACUGAGCCAAAUGAUGAAAAUAUUAAUGAAAAAUAAACGCCAUGCAAAUUAAUGUUAUUUCAGGGUAUUACAGGAACAAUCGGCAAUAGAUAGGUAAAUGUUAAAAAAUAAAUAAAUGAGCCGUUUUGUUAGCUAAAGAGUCGACUCCUGAGCCUGUAGAUUUGAGGGAAUGAAUAGAAGAGUAAUCGCGCAUGCGCGUUAUUACGCGGGGCGUGAUGCGCAUGUGCACUGCAGACUGCAGAACGCAGCUCGGAGGGAAGUGACAGGAGGGUAAACAGACGAAAUUAAACGUUUUCUUUUUUAAAGAACUUAUUAUCAUUAGACGAACUCUGAGCACCCCGGAUACUUUCUCUUCCUCAGGAAUAUCGACGUUGAAUGUUAUUUUGAUGGUGUAGACACUCAUCUACCUUUAGGAUCCAUGUCUUUUUUGCGUUGGGUGUCAGAGAAACUGAGCGUGGAGAGUCUGAGGGAUUUGGACUUAUUUGGUGAGCAAGCUCAGGCAAGCCCACUCAGGAAAGCCCAUGAAGACAGUCGUGAAUCUCUGAGCUCCCUCCCACACCGGGACACAAUGGGAACCUUCUUACCUGACAGCAGUGCCUAUGAGCUCCUCACCAGCAUCGGGCAUGGUCUGGAAAACCUGAUGAUAGUAAACUUGGCUCGAUACAAACACACCGGAGAACAUGUCACUAUACGAAGGAUUGAUAUGGAGUCCUGUACCAACGACAUGGUCAAAUACCUGCAGGAAGAAAUCCAUGUCUCCAAGCUGUUCCACCAUCCCAGCAUCCUCCCUUACAAGAGCAUCUUCAUCUCCGAGAACGAGUUAUGGGUGAUCACGCCGUUCAUGGCCUACGGCUCAGCACGAGAUUUGAUCAACUCUCACUUCACACACGGUUUAAGUGAGCUGACUAUCGCCUACAUCCUGCUUGGGGUUCUGCGGGCGCUGGAGUACAUUCAUCACAACGGCUAUGUGCACCGGAGUGUGAAGGCGAGUCAUAUCCUGAUCUCGGCAGAUGGACAGGUGUAUCUCUCAGGUCUGAGGAGCAUCUUCAGUCUAAUCCGACACGGUCAGAGAGCUCGAGUGGUGCACGACUUCCCCCAGUACAGUGUCAAAGUGCUGCCCUGGCUCAGCCCUGAGGUGCUACAGCAGAAUCUUCAGGGAUAUGAUUUCCGCUCGGACAUCUACAGUCUGGGAAUUACAGCUUGUGAGCUGGCCAAUGGUCAUGUGCCAUUUAAAGACAUGCCUGCUACACAGAUGCUGUUGGAGAAGCUAAAUGGUACAGUCCCAUGUCUCCUGGACAGCACCACCAUCCCGGCGGAGGAACUCGGCAUGAAGUCCUCGCGCUCUGGGGCGGACUCCGGGAUCUGCGAGGGUCCAGGGGCCGGUGGGGCGCGUCACACUAACGGAGAGCCGAACCCUUACAGCCGGACGUUCAGCCCACACUUCCACAACUUCGUCGAGCUCUGCCUGCAGAGGGACCCUGAGAAGAGACCUUACGCCAACGCUCUGAUCGGUCACUCCUUCUUCAAGCAGAUAAAGCGGCGUCCGUGCGAGGCCCUGCCCGAUCUCCUGUGUCCCGUCUCGCCGAUCGGCAGCUUCGAGUGCGUGAGACCUCAGGACCCGCCCUCUGCUCUCGCCAGUCUGGAGUCCGGUCUCAGCCACCUGGACGUAGACGACUGGGACUUUUGACAAGAGACGGACGAGGACGAGGAGACGGAGCUCUUGGGACGUGUGUCUGGCCGAUAAAGCAGCAUGAUAGAUCAAUAUCACGAUAAAUUAGCAGUAUUUUUUACCAUUCGUUCUGUACCUGGGUUCAUUUUUACCAUCCACCAUCACUAGUGCUCCAUUUCUGUUUAUUUUAACCAAACCAAAUAUUGCGACUUCGUCAGUUGUGAAGUAUCGUGAUAUGACAUUUCCACACAUAUCGUCCACCUCUAAUAGGUUCGAUGACGAGGGUUUAACAGAUCCGGUUCUCCUCUAUUGUUUUUUUCCCUCUCGAAGUGUAUGUAUAUAGUUGUGUAUAGAACAGAAACGGGUUGAAGGAGGACUUUUUUUCAUUUUUUUUUAAUCUCUCACAGAGAGUUGCGAAGCCAGCAGCCGCCGCCGCAGCCUUGUCUGAACGACGACACGCACACACAAAGUGCAUGAGUCUGAACACACACACACACACACUUUCUGUUUCACACAAAGGCAGGUGCUUAGUUUUGUGCACUCCUACGUUACCGAGCAAUCAUUACACGUCGUCAUGUUUCGUAGCAUAAACGAGACGCUCUGAAUGUGUUCAUCGCUUAGCGCCGCUUACUCCAGGACCGAGAACGGUUCAUGUGUAGACACAAACCAAGCUGCAUGGCGCCGACGUUCCACCACCUUUAUCUCAGAAUGUGAAUUUACAGCGGUAUUAUGAGAUUGUUAUUGGAGAUUCAGAACUUUUUAACUCAAACUACCAGCAGAACUUGCAGAAAUAAUGCAGAAACUCGUCCUUAAAGCUCGACACAGGACGUCCUUCCUCGUGCACGGUUUCUGCGCCAUGGCCUCGUGAAUCUUAUUCCAGUGUUUCCUUCCGGUUUCGUUUCAGUUAGCGCAAAAGCCGUGACGUCGGAAACUCCAGCUGUGUGCGUAGGCGGAGGUUUUUCCAGAUGGUGCAUAAUGUGAUGAAAACAAUAAAGACUGAAAACCUGA